AUGGAGUAUCGUGGCUAUGAUUCUGCAGGACUUGCUGUGGACGAUGAAGUGGAUAAUUCUAAAAUUGGUUCGAAAAUAAUUCUUCUGAAGAAAGUUGGUAAAGUCAGCGUGCUCGAAGAUUACAUAAAAGAAAGUCAUGUCUGCAAUAAUGACGUUAUCUACAAAACACACUGUGGUAUCGCACAUACGAGGUGGGCGACGCACGGUUCACCCAGGGACGUCAACUCUCACCCGCAAAGAUCAAAUACUCAAAAUGAAUUCUUGGUUGUCCACAAUGGUAUUAUAACGAACUAUCGUGAAGUCAAGGAAUAUUUGAUGAAAAAAGGCUAUGAAUUUGAGUCGGAAACUGAUACCGAAGUAAUCGUCAAAUUGAUUCAACAUAUUACAAACAAAUGUGAAGGAGCUAGUUUCCGUCAGCUUGUUGAGGCUACCAUCCAACAUCUUGAAGGUGCUUUUGCGUUAGCAUUUAAAAGCAAUCGUUUUCCUGGUCAGCUUGUAGCAACACGACGUGGUAGUCCACUUCUUAUUGGAAUCAAAACCAUUGGAAGGCUGUCUACUAAUCAUUUUCCAGUAUUUUUUAGCAAAGGCGAGCUUGAAUUGUCUUCGAAGAUUCUAUUUUUUAUUAGCAAUCAACAAGCCCGUCGCUUCAUAUCUUCGGAAUACUCCAAUGAAUCAUAUGUGGAACCGUCAAUGGUUAUCGAAACAGGAUUCAAAACAAGCACGCCCAUCAGAGGAGAGAAAGAACCCAGUGAGGCGGCAUUCCAAAUUUUUGACUAUAAAGAAGCAGAAUAUUUUGUUGCAUCUGAUGCAAGCGCAGUUGUUGAACAUACAAAGCAAGUCAUCUUUCUUGAAGACGAUGAUGUAGCUGUGAUCGAAAAUGGAUCAUUAUCAAUACAUCGCGUAAAACGCGGGGAUGAAAUUCCACAAACACGCGAGGUUCAAAAUUUAACAUUGGAACUGCAACAAAUAGUGAUGGGUGAUUUCAAAACAUUCAUGCAGAAGGAAAUUUAUGAACAGCCGGAUUCAAUUGUGAACACAAUGCGAGGUCGUAUACUUGAUGAUGGUACUGUUGUGCUCGGAGGCAUAAAGGACUAUUUACUGGACAUUAAGCGAUGCAGGCGACUAAUUUUGGUAGCAUGUGGCAGUUCGUACCACUCAGCUCUUGCAUGCCGACAAAUUAUGGAAGAGUUAACAGAACUACCAGUAGUACUGGAAUUAGCUAGCGACUUCUUGGACCGUGAAACACCAAUAUUUCGUGACGAUGUUUGCUUUUUUAUAUCGCAAAGCGGUGAAACAGCAGAUACUUUGAACGCUUUGAGAUAUUGCAAGCCAAGAGGAGCACUGACAAUAGGUAUUACAAACACCGUUGGAAGCAGCAUUUGUCGUGAGACGCACUGCGGGGUUCAUAUCAAUGCCGGUCCCGAAGUUGGUGUUGCGUCAACUAAGGCGUACACUUCACAAAUUCUGUCGCUGGUGAUGUUCGCUUUAACAAUGAGCGACGACCGCAUUUCGAUGCGAAAGCGUCGUGAUGAUAUUAUCAGUGGAUUAAGACAGUUACCAGAUUUGGUUCGAGAAGUUCUGAAACUUGAUAGUGAAGUACUUGAAAUAGCGAAAAAAAUCUACAAGGAACGGUCACUUCUAAUAAUGGGUCGCGGAUAUAAUUUCGCUACCUGUCUUGAAGGUGCACUGAAAAUUAAGGAGCUGUCAUAUAUGCACUGUGAAGGAAUAAUGAGUGGUGAAUUGAAACACGGUCCGCUUGCAAUGGUCGAUAAGAAUCGCAGCAUAGUCAUGGUCAUCUGCAGCGAUAAUGUUUACAAUAAAUCAAUCAACGCUUUACAACAAGUGCUUGCUCGUGAUGGUGAUCCCAUAAUUAUUGCUGACUUCGAUGUACCAGAGAACGACGUGAAGGGAAGACAUUCUGUGCUUCGUGUUCCUAAGACAGUGGAUUGUAUCCAGAACAUUCUUACCGCCAUUCCCCUGCAGUUACUCAGCUAUCACGUUGCUGAAUUAAAAGGAUUAAACGUUGACCGGCCACGUAACCUAGCCAAAUCAGUUACUGUUGAGUAA